AUGGUUCGCACGCGCAAAUCCAGCAACCUCGGGGCGGACAUUCGGGGCGACACGAGCGCUCCCGCAAUGUCCACUAUGAACGAGGUCAGUCCAAUUGAUUCGAAACCUCCGAGUUGGGAAAAUGUUGCUCAACCCGCUGAAAAGUUGGCAAAGUCGCAUUCGAAGCGCCGCAGGAGCCGAUCACUCCUCAACCGAUUCAAAGACACAUGCCUGAAACAUACUUGGGUCCUCCCGCUUCUGAUUCUGGCUGUUCUCCUCGCCGCGUAUGCCGUCAACCCGACUCCCUCGAACCCGCUUCACUACGCCAUUUUCCUGUCCUAUCCCGAGCCUCCGAAAACCCCAGGCGGUCCCACUAUGUACGGCAAAGGCCCGAAAGAUAUCGCAUUCGUCUCCUUCUACAUGGUUGUGCUCUCCUUCACUCGUGAAUUCCUGAUGCAGCGCGUGAUUCGUCCUUUCGCUAUCUACUGCGGGAUCCGUGGAAAAGGCAAAACGGCUCGAUUCAUGGAGCAGGUGUAUACGGCCAUCUACUUCGCCAUAUUCGGUCCCUACGGCCUUUAUGUUAUGAGCCGCACCAACAUUUGGUACUUCAACACAACUGCUAUGUUCGAAGGGUUUCCCCACCGGGAGCACGAAGGACUGUUCAAGGCUUAUUACCUGCUUCAAGCCAGUUACUGGGCUCAACAGGCUAUUGUUCUUCUACUGCAGCUGGAGAAGCCUCGAAAGGACUUCAAGGAGCUUGUUGGUCAUCACAUUAUCACAUUGGCCCUCAUCGCCUUGAGCUACAGAUUCCACUUCACCUACCUCGGUCUUGCUGUGUACAUCACCCACGACGUCUCUGAUUUCUUCCUGGCGACUUCCAAAACCCUCAACUACCUCGAUGCCUACAUCACUGCUCCCUACUUCGGAUGGUUCGUCUGCGUCUGGAUCUACCUCCGCCAUGUCCUGAACCUCAAGUUCCUCUGGGCUGUUCUUACCGAAUUCCGCACCGUCGGACCCUUUGAGCUGAACUGGGAGACCCAGCAAUACAAGUGCUGGAUCAGUCAGUACAUCACCUUCGCCCUGCUCGCCAGUCUGCAGGCCGUGAACGCCUUCUGGCUCUUCCUGAUUCUGCGCAUCCUCAAGAACUACCUCUUCACCAACAUCAAGAAGGACGAGCGGAGCGAUGACGAAGACGAGGAGGAGGAAGAACUCGAGCAGAAUGCCAACAGCACCGCAGCUCUGGCUACCGGUACCGAGUCGGCGUCUCUGACUGCGCGCUCUGUCAAUGCGACACCUCAGGUUAUGAUCAACGGACAGCCUGUUAAGCGGUAA